GCCCUAAGAGAGGGCUGUUGCCCUUGACAACCAGGCGGCUUGAGGAGCUUGACAACCACCUGGGAGCUAGACUGCGCGCUGCUGCCUCUGAUGGCUAUGCAGCCAGAUCUAGCGCUGAGAGCACCAUCCACUGUGAUCCUUCUCUUCAGCCUGUGUCUAGGCCUGAUAGGGUGAAACUGGAUCCUUGGGUCUUGGGACAACUGAAAUGUGAGAAAUUUAAUAAUAAAGAUAUCCCCGAAGAUUAGAAACAAAAUCAACCAGAGGAAAUUCUGAAAGUAUGGGAUGUAGAAAUCCAAAAAUAUCUUCAGCAAAUAUUACUGUUUUAGGGGUUAUCCAGAUUAUGAUUGGUAUCUAUCAUAUACUCAUGUGGUAUUUCCUAUUGCUGUUGUAUAUGGGACAAAUUAAAGGAGUAUUUGGAACAUAUGAACCUGUAACUUACAAAAUGGGAACUUCUUUAUGGGGAUUUGCUUUUGUCAUUUCAGGGGCCUUCACAGUAAAAGCAGCAAAAUAUCAAAGUAGACAUAUGAUUCUCUGUACUAUGUCCCUGAACAUACUCUGCAUAGUUAUUACGAUCGUUGCAGCCAGCCUAACAAUAGUGGAAUUGUCUCAUUUCCGUUCGGUGUCAUAUAGAAAUUAUGGCCAAGCAAAGCUGGGAAGGGAAGUGUCCCGUGUUUUGUUGUGCUCCUACCCCCUGGAAUUCGCCAUUGCCCUCGUGUACUCCAUCUCUAGUUGUACAUAUUUGGCUAGAAACCAAGAGGAAACUUUUGAAAGUGUUACUGAAGUAGUGGAAAGCAACUCCUGAAAGCUGAAGACAUGAGCAACUUUCAUGGCUGCUAACACCUGAUGUAGGUGCCCAUGAGAUUCCCAUAUAACAAGGCACACCUCAUGCAUUUUGUGCAAAAGGAAAUUCACAACAAGGUGAAAGUUAUCCCUUGGUAUUUAAGGAGUGUCUACAUACAGAUAUUCUAGGUUCCAGAGGGGAAAGCUUUUCCUAUGUAAGUAUGAGACCAUCGCAAGAAAGCAUUUGCUAGCUAGCCACUCUGAAGAGAUGUCAACUCUCCCCAGCAGAUCAUCUGCAGUUGACCAGAAAAACCACUUGUAAUCUGUAGAAUGCAGGCUAUGAGAUUUGGAGCACAAUGUGUAACUCAGAGGAAAUUUUUAAUUUCUUUCCCUAUGAGUGAAAAGCACGUUCCACGUUCUGCAUUCUUCUGCUCAAGCUAGCUUCUACCUCCACAAAGCGAGGCUCAAAAGGUCACCAAUUUAGUGCCUUUAUUGUCCCAAGGCUUUUCCUGUCCUCAUUAAAGUUCCUUUCUGCCCUGCA